AUGCUCCGAGACUCUUUGGGAGAUCUUAGGAGGAAGGCCGUUUUUCUUGACGAGGCCGCACGACACUUCUUCUAUCAGAUAGCCAAAAUCCACUUUCUUAAAGAGGGGGACCGCAACACCAAGUUCUUCCACGACAUGCUGAAGAGGAAUGUCGCAAGGAAUUCCAUUGAGACAGUCACUUGGGCGGACGGGACUAUUAUCACUGCUGCCGAGAAUAUUGCCCAAGAGUUCGUCGAUUACUACACAUCAUUCUUGGGCACCGAGGCUCACACCCUCCCUGUCAAUGAUGUGGCUUUGAAUGGCUCCCUUCAUGGGUUUUUCCGUUCAGUUAUUCAGGGGGUGGAGUGCUUUUGGUUUCAAGUUUUUCCACUUCCAGCGGCGGUCAUCGAGAAAAUCCACCGACUUUGUAGGAAUUUCCUAUGGAACUCUAGGAGGGCACCGAUCGCUUGGAAGAAAAUUUGCCAUCCCAAGGAAGAAGGUGGACUCGAUAUUCGGUACAUACAGUCUUGGAAUGUAGCUUUCCUUUCCCGUGUAUUAUGGAACAUUCACCGCAAGGCAGACACGUCGUGGGUGCAGUGGGUCAAUGGUGUCUACCUUAGAGGUGUAUCAAUCUGA